AUGGCAUCAAACUCCUUCCAUUGGCAGUUAUCUGAAUUCGAGGACAACGAUUUUGAAAUCCGCGGCCAUACUCUCUUCUUCGUCAUCCUUCUUUUCGCCAUCAUAAUUAUAACUACACUUUUUUUCCUUUACGCUCGCUGGAUCAACAAGUUCCGUUCUCCAUCAACUACAGAUCCGAUUGGGAGUAGUGGUUCAGUUCACACGCCUCCGCCUGCACCACAAGGUCUUGACCCCAUUUUUAUUAAUGACUUGCCAAUUAUACAGCACACAGCUUGUUCCGAUAGUAGCAGUACAGUAAUUGAGUGUUGUGGCUUAGAAAUCAGUCCAGUUGCCCUCUCUGUCGUGCCUCCCUCCAAUUUGACUUACUACCCCUCUGAUUCCAAGGGGCAGAGCCAGCACACAUUCAGGGGGUUUAUCAGAACUUUCUUCGCGUAG